GUUGAACACACAUGUUCUUCUUUAUUAGGGGCCCAGUCCGCCUAUAUUUCCUAUUAUGUUGAAGAUUGUAUGCAUCACUGCAUCGUGGACUCAAGAUAUAUAUACUUCUAGCAAACCCCUCCGAUGCCAUACAUACUGCAGCCACCGCACCGAGAAAUCAUCGACAAGAUUCCACUCAAUCAGUAUCGACAGUUAUGAGCCCGCAACAACCGAAUCAAGGAGUCUAUAUUGACCCCGCUCAUAAUCUCUAUAUCGCAGACGCAGAGCCAACGCUUGAGCAGGUGAUCGAUGGAUCGAGCCUAGAGGAGGGAGAAGUCACAGUAGCUAUCAAAUACAGUGGGAUAUGCGGCUCCGAUGUACAUUUUUGGAAACACGGCGGGAUCGGCCCAUGGGUAGUCAAGGACGCCCAUAUCCUGGGGCACGAAUCCGCGGGCGUCGUCGUCAAGGUUCACCCAUCUGUCACCAGUCUUGCGAUUGGAGAUCGCGUUGCUGUUGAGCCUCACAUUUCCACCGUCUCAUGGUCUCCUGCGGACUUAUGUGAAUCAUCCAGCGGUAUGGUGGCACAAGAUCGGGUCUCUCACAUACCAGCAAGGCGCAUUGGCGAUCCGGUGUUGAUAUGUGGUGCGGGGCCGAUUGGACUGGUGAUGCUGGAAUGUUGUCGGGCUGCGGGAGCGUAUCCUAUUGUUAUCAGCGAUAUUAAUCCCGCUCGACUGGAGUUUGCACAGAAGUUCGUUCCCGCUGCUCGGACAUUGCUGGUUCGAGCGGAUGAGGACGACAAACAGUUUGCAGCUCGCGUGGUGGAGCUUAUGGGCGGGGAGGACUCCGAGCCAGCGAUUGCCCUGGAAUGUACCGGGUUCCCGUUUAUGCGGUUGAGCGAGCGGGAGAUUGACCUGCAGUUUCAGCAGCGAUAUGUCAACAUGUGGCCGCGAGCCAUUCGGGUAUUGUCGAGUGGGAUGAUUGAUUUGAGCAGGUUGAUCACACAUGAAUUCGCCUUCAAAGACGCGCCCAAGGCAUUUGAGACGGCGUCGGAUCCGAAUAGUGGCUCUAUCAAAACCAUCCAGCUAGAUGGCCAUGAGAUCCUCGCAACCGAAAUCGAGCUAAUAGACCCCCAACGAACCGUAUACCGCUUCAAACUUUCCCCAGACUCACAUCGACACACAAUCCCCAAAACAGCCACCUCCAUCAUCAUCAAACAACAAAAAGACGACUGGGAAGAAGAGUUCGAAGAUGAGGAGAUGGCCUACAAGACAUUAGAGCUGCUCCAAGGGGACGUGAUCCCAUACUUUUAUGGUCGGGGGUAUUUUGACGGACGACCUGCACUCAUACUAUCGGAUAUCAAUGGGAUUAAUUUAAACGAUCUAGCUCACAGCAAUGACAACAUCCCCGAGGAUUCGUUACAAGCUUAUCUCGAGGAGGCUUUUCAUAAGCUUUCCAGACAGAAAGCUCUGUAUUGGGACCAGAAAUUAGAUAACUUUUUGUUAUGUAAUGACCAAGGCCGUGGAGAUAGGAAAGUGAUGGUGGUUGAUCUGGAACAGAUGGAGUUUCCUAGUCGGAUUCUUCCUUGGCAGCAUUCGAUCAACGAGGAAGCACCGAGAUCGUUGAUGGAACAGUUUAGAGACAAACGAAACCCCAGGCGUACAUCAUCUCCUCUUGCACUAUGGUUAUCUGGACAUGAUGAGAGUGUCUCCCUCAGUGAGCGAGAGUAUUUGGCGCCUGUUAUCCAUCCGGAAAGUACCACGAGACCUGCCUCUACUUUAGCUUGAACAGGACGGAGAAGGAAUCUAUAGCCAUGCAAAUAAUACGAC